UCGAUAAAACUGGCAGUCUUGACAGAACAUCAAGAGGCCAAAAGAAGAAGCAUUGUCUUUCUCUCCUUCAUAAUAUACGCCUUAAAAGGGCCGCUACCACCUCUCACUUGUUUAGACCGCAUUCCGGCGACUAUCCUACAGCUCAACGCGAAGACUUCAUAAGCAACCUUCGACAUAACUGAACUGUCUACAUUGUACUCCGCGCUCGAACGCCACCAUCAAAAGGGGCCCCUGUCGCUGAUUCUUCCAUUAACAUAUCAAGAAAGGGAGCUAUCCAACUCCGGUUCAGUUCCUGUUAGCAAUCAUGACUGUAUCCCCUCUCAGCGCCUACCGGCAACUCCUCCGUGCCACCCGCAUUGCAUUCCAAGAUGACUAUCACAUGCUCUACGCUGCCCGCGCAGAGGCUCGACGACGUUUUGAUGAACACCGCCGCACAGGUGUUGACACACCCAUGCACAUCCAACACGCAAUAGAAACUGCGAACAUUCUCAGACAUAACAUCGUCCAGGGAGUGAGGGACGCCGAAAAGGAAGAUGCUCAGUGGCAACUCCGCAUCCACGAUGACAUUGAGCGCGGCGACAAUGAUUCCGUCAAGUCUCCUAGCGGAAAGAAUGUGAAGGUUGAGAAGUGCUGCUCGUCGUAGUAAUGGUUCAAGAGGAUGUGUUUGUUUAUAUGCUGUACGAUAUAUAGAGAAGUGACGAGUUAUUCUCGGAAAGACGGGAUGAAUCAAAUCAGAAAGCAUCAAGGACAUUGCGACCAGCGCGCCGAGGAUGUACCAGGCAGGGCUUCUUGGUGAUCGAAUCACAUGUGUUAUAUGGCUACAGAGCCUACGCGUUUCAAGGGGAUCAAGAUCGUUUGA